UGUGUCGUUGUCAUUCCCGAUCCGGAAGGAUGAAGAGGGAAAUGUCCUUCAAGGAAAUGAUAACGGUUUCUCCCGCAACACUCGCCAACUUUUUUCUCUCCCCCGUCUUGUCUUUGCAUCUCUGCCACAAGCCCUAGCGUUAUCCAAAUGCCCGAAAGCUGAGAGAGAGAUGGGACCGUGGUGGUGGCAGCUGCCGCUCGCGGUGGCGAUCGUGAUGUCGGCGGUGGUCGGAGGCGGCGCCGGCGGGAUCCCGACGACGCUGGACGGGCCGUUCGUUCCGGUGACGUCGCCGCUGGACGGUGCCGGCUUCCGCGGCCGCGCCGUGGACCUGCUGGACUCCGACCCCAGGGUGCGGCGCCGGGCGCGGGGCUUCGAGCCGGAGCAGAUCUCCGUCUCCCUCUCCGCCACCCCGGACUCCGUCUGGAUCUCUUGGGUCACAGGAAAUUUUCAAAUUGGGGAAGACAUCAAGCCAUUGGAUCCAACAUCUGUAGCCAGUGUUGUGCGUUAUGGAAGACUAAGACAACCCCUAACUCAAAAGGCUGUUGGACAUUCGCUUGUUUACAGUCAGUUGUAUCCAUUUGAAGGCCUCAAGAACUACACUUCUGGAAUAAUCCAUCAUGUUCGUCUCACAGGACUAAAACCAGGGAGCAAAUACUAUUAUCGGUGUGGUGAUGCUUCUUUACAAGCCAUGAGCAAUAUCCAUGUUUUCAAGACAAUGCCUUCUUUAGGUCCCCAGAGUUACCCUAAACGGAUUGCUGUUGUUGGGGAUCUAGGUCUUACAUACAAUACGACAUCCACAGUCGAUCACAUGAGAAGUAACAAGCCUGAUCUGGUUGUAUUGGUAGGUGAUGUUUCUUAUGCAGACUUAUAUCUGACAAAUGGAACUGGGUCCGACUGCUACCAUUGUUCUUUUAAAAAAGUCUCCCCGGUUCAUGAGUCAUACCAGCCUCGUUGGGAUUAUUGGGGAAGGUUUAUGGAGCCUCUUACAUCAAAAAUUCCAAUAAUGGUAGUAGAGGGAAACCAUGAAAUAGAAGAACAGAUCGAGGGCAAAAUAUUUGAAGCUUAUAACUCUAGAUUUGCAUUUCCAGCUCAAGAGAGUGGAUCCUUUUCCACAUUUUAUUAUUCUUUUAAUGCUGGGGGAAUACAUUUUGUCAUGCUUGGUGCCUACAUUUCCUACAAUAGGUCAGGGGAGCAAUAUAAGUGGUUAGAGAGAGACUUGGCUAGUGUAGACAGAAACAUGACACCCUGGCUGGUAGCUACUUGGCAUCCACCUUGGUACAACACUUACAAAUCCCAUUACAUGGAAGCAGAGUGUAUGAGGGUGGAGAUGGAAGAUCUAUUUUAUUCAUAUGGUGUUGAUAUUGUCUUCAAUGGCCAUGUUCAUGCCUAUGAAAGGUCAAACCGGGUCUACAACUAUACACUGGAUCCCUGUGGCCCUCUUUAUAUCACAGUUGGAGAUGGGGGCAAUCGAGAAAAUGUGACCUCCUCUCAUGCAGACGAUCCUGGCCACUGCCCAGAACCUUUGAGCACACAUGAUAAGCACUUGGGUGGCUUUUGUGCUGCCAACUUCACUUCAGGUCCUGCUGCAGGUAAAUUCUGCUGGGACCGUCAACCCGAGUACAGCGCAUAUAGGGAAAGUAGCUUUGGCCAUGGAAUCUUGGAGGUAAUGAAUGAGACACAUGCAUUGUGGACAUGGCACCGGAAUCAGGACUUGUAUAACAGUACAGGUGACGCAAUCUAUGUAGUCAGGCAGCCUCACAAGUGCUCUGUCCAGCUAAUGGUGACCAAGCCCCAUAAAACACAACCCUUGAUUAGUGACUCUUGAAGUAUUUGUUAUACAAAAAUUCUAUCAUGACCCAGUCAAGCCUCAUGCUCAGAUUGGCAGCCAUUUCGGAAACAGCAAGGAACAUGUGGUAUGAUAUAUGUUGCUGAAAGAUCGGCAGGUGUUAGAGUUUAUGUACCACCUCAGAAGAUCUGAAGGAGUCAGUUUAGAAAUAGAAGUUGAAAAACGAAAUUGGUUUCUUGUGUUUAAGUCAUUGACCAAGUGUUACCAAGCCAUAGAAAUGCCAGUGUGCCAUUAGAUGUGAUGAUUCUCAUUUGCAUUGUACUUGAGCAUGAGAGGCAAACACCAAGGCUAGUUGUAUAAUUAACAGAAGAAGUGUUGUUGUAUAACUAAUUUUGUCAGCCAGUGUUGCUUCAUUUGCUAAUUCUGCUUCAGCUUGGCUAUGGAAGUAACUUGUAUUGAAUAUUUCCUACUGGAUGUAUUAAAAUUCUUAAAUGU